AUGGCCGCAUUAUUACAUCCUGCGGCAAUGCCGCUUUAUCCCCGUGACGAAGAACCAAAGUGUGUCCUCUGCGACACAUCAGUACAACUUGUCUGCCCUGAAUGUACAGGAAACACGCAAUGCCAGUUCAUCACCCCGACCAACUGCUUCGAGUGUCCUAGGGCCACCUGCGUUCCGAUUGAGCCCAUCCCAGCCCAACCGUCACAAAAAAGCGGCGCGAAUGUUGGUGCCAUCGUUGGUGGUGUUGUCGGUGGCCUUGCUGCCCUUGCUAUUAUAACCUAUCUCGUAUGGAGGUUCUGCGUGAGGACGCGCAGGCAGCCUCUCGUGCAGGAUGAAACUUGGGAGGCGGAAGCAGAAGAGAGCCCCAGUGGUGAAAAGACCUACGCUCAACGCCGCGAUUACCGUGCCUCAACCCAUACCGUUCACUCUAUCGCCUCGACUGUGCUCACCCGCGCCUCCAACAUCAUCCAAAUCGCCUACAUUCCUGGCGUCACCAACCGUGCCACCGCCAACGACUCCGUUCUCGUGCCCCCAGUGCCGCCGAUCCCAGCCUCACAUUCGGCGGCCAGCAGCCCAAACGACGACCAGCACUUCUUCAUUCCCGCGAACCUGCGCGACUCAACCUACUCGGGCCUGUCCUCCUUCUCGGAUCGCACAUCCUAUGCCCGUACUUCAUAUGCUCCUCGCUCCAGCGUGGCCUCGACUAUCUACGGCAAAAAUGUCGUCAUCGCCCCGGCCCAGACCGGCAUGCGGGCCAAGCCGGCCAUGGUGAGCGUGCGGUCUGCCCGUUCCAACAACUCCAACAAGGACGACGGCUCCGCCACGCCCCCCGUCCCCGCCGUCGACUACGACAAGUACGCCAUCGCCCGGCCCCCGAGUCCCGCCAACUCCACCUUCAGCGUUGGCUCGACCUUCCUCAACAACGCCAACACCCACACCGCGACACCUGCUCGUGCGAUGGUCGUCCGUGUCGGCAGCGUCAAGAAGAUCACCCAGCAAGCGCGCCAGCCCACAACGAAGCCCUCCUCCUCCUCGCUGUCUGCCUCUUCCUCCGAUGAUGUUGAUAUCCUGAAGUCUCCUACCACCGUCUCGGGCUCGACGGUCCGUGACUCCACCUGCCCGACCAUUAUUGUCGAUUCCCCCGCUGUCGACUUUAACGAAGACCAGGGCCCGUUCUCAGACCCGCCGCCGAACUCGGCUACGCCCAGCACGGCGAGCUUGAGUGCCGUCAUUGAGGAGGCGACGAGGAGAGCGUCGCAGAGGGAUUCGAGUAUGGGGAGUAGGGCGGGGCCAAGUAGGGAGAGGAGUCCGUUUGGGGAUGAGCAUGCUACCGGGUGA